CUGUAUUGGGUUAUUUAUCUAAACAUAAUAUUUCUUUACCAAGUGAUGCAAUCACUUGUAUACCACUCGAAGGUGAAGGAACGAUAGAAACUCGUGAAAAGUUAUUACAUAAAAAUUUAUUAUAUAACAAGACUUGGUGUGAAGCUCUGUCUUUGGCUGAUGUCGUAUUUGUUGCAACUCAUUCUCAAGGCACUCCUGUUGGUACUAUCCUCCUUUCAAGACUUAUUAAAGAAGGUCUUGUGAAUCCUAAGCGACAACGUAUAUGUUUUUUGGCUAUGGCUGGAAUUUCUCAUGGUCCGUUUCCAUAUUUAAAAGAUCAUUACAUAAUAAGGUACUUUGUUGGUAGAAAUCCUGAUGCUGAUGCUACUAGAGAGCUUUUUGAAUUUAUGGAUUCUGAAAGUGCUGUCGCUAAAAAAUACCGUCAAGCUCUUAAUAUUGUGAUUCAGAAAGGCGUAAAAUUGGUGUAUGUUGCUUCGAUGGAUGAUCAAGUUGUACCACUUUAUUCUGGGAUAUUUACCGGAGUAGAUCAUCCGUCGAUAAUGCGUGCAGUUUAUGUUGAUGGUCCAUUAUAUCAAGAAAAUGAUUUCUUGAUAAAUCUAAUUAUAUUCGCUGUAAAAUUACGAAAUGCUGGUAUAUUGGAUCAUGGACUAAUUACUCAAUUGAGUGAGGUUAUUAUAGGUUCAUUGUAUGGUGAAGGUCAUUCAACUUUAUAUAAUGAAAUUGAUGUUUACACACUUGCUGUACAGUAUCUUUUUGAAGUACCAUCAUUGAGAACAAGUGAAGCAAAGAUUAACAAAUUUCAAGCACAACCAAAAUCUAAUCCAUAUUUUUUACCUUGGUCAGUUCGCGGUAUUUUGGAAGACAAAAAUGUAACAAGAAAUCCAUUUUUAGUAAAUGAGGUUACCAGAUUAAAGAAAUUAUAUGAAGAUUGGGAUCCUCCUUCAAAAGUAUUAAAAGAAUUAAAGUUUCGAUUAGAACCUUUUCGUGAUUCUAUUUUAGGAAGGUGGAAACUAUAA